AUGGAUGCACGACCGCAGCGUCCUGUACGCACGCUUCGCGUCUUGAACGACGAGAACUGUCCCCCAGCAGCUCUAUCCAAGACCAUCCACCAACGCAACAAGUCGAGUCCAGCUUUGACCACUCUUAGCCAGAUGAAAGGCAUCGCUGCCAAACGUAAUGCCUUCGCCGAUGUCAGCAAUAUUGCAGCUAAACGCGCCAGCAAGGACGACUCCAAUGUUGGUUCCAAGUUAGCUACAAAGGGCGCGCAGCCGUUACACGAGAGCAAGAGUGCUGCUUUCCUAAGACCGGCGCAGCGACCCUACUCUGUUUCAAACAUCAAGAACCUUCUGACUCUGGGCAAUUCCGAAUCGGUCGCGAAGGUUCCCCUCAACGAUACCACCAACACCACUACACAACAAACACGUCUACCAAGGAAAGCUCUGACCAAGCGCAACACUACCAUAUUCAAGGAUCUCACACUAGAGGUUGUACAGGAAGACGAGGUUGUCCCUAGAGAAGUUCCGCAGGAAACAGCAAACAAGACGGAAGUGCCCUCCUUGCCAUUGCUCCCCGAGGUCAAUCUUACUGAGUUGGAUUCCAACUUGCAACUUCCUCCACCACUCUCAAGUGACAAUGUCGACCCUAUGAAACUGUCACAACCAUCCGAUAUCAGCUUACCUGAGAUCAACGAAGUGAGGCUAGACACACAACACAUGUCAAGUGAAAUCGAGCUUGAGGACCAAGUAAGGGAAUUUGACGACAGACAUGUAGAACAAUUCCAGUACGUCCAGCCUGCUGACGAACUUGCCAGCAAGACACAGUAUGUCGAUGCAGUCGCCCAACUACCACAGCCAAUCGACACUACGACCGUUCGCAAAUCACAGCCUAUGUCUGACAGAGAUGAAUACAUUCCACAGAGUUUGCAGCAUCUUUACCAACCGCCAACCGAACCUGAAGAGUACUGGGAAGAGGAGUACGAUGAGUCUUGCGAACCUGACGGUUAUGUGACUGCACGCUCUUUUCGAUCACAGGGCGAUGACACUACGGGCGGAGCUAACGCUGCUCUAGUCCCAAGGUUCAACCAGAAGGUCCUGAACGAGAUAGCCGCCGCCAACGAUCUCGUCGAGGCAACGAGAACACCCGAAGAUAUUGAGGAUGAAAGUUUCGACACCAGCAUGGUUGCGGAAUACGGUGACGAGAUCUUUGGUUACAUGAAAGAGAUGGAACAGCGUAUGCUGCCACGCUCCAAUUACAUGGAUUAUCAACAUGAGAUUCAAUGGUCGAUGCGAGCUGUGUUGAUGGAUUGGCUGGUACAAGUCCAUCAUCGCUUCAACCUGCUGCCGGAGACCCUGUUCCUCUGUGUCAACUACAUCGACCGCUUUCUGUCAGUCAAGGUCGUCUCGUUAGGCAAGCUGCAACUGGUCGGAGCAACUGCCAUCUUUAUUGCCGCCAAAUACGAAGAGAUCAAUUGUCCUUCGGUGCAAGAAAUUGUAUAUAUGGUCGACGGCGGGUACUCGGUGGAUGAGAUCCUCAAAGCCGAGCGCUUCAUGCUGACAAUGCUUCAAUUCGAGCUUGGCUUCCCUGGUCCAAUGUCCUUCCUGAGACGUAUUAGCAAAGCCGACGACUACGACCUCGAGACACGUACAUUGGCCAAAUACUUCUUGGAAGUAACCCUUAUGGACGAGCGCUUCAUCGGCAGUGUUCCCAGCUUUUUGGCAGCUGCCUCCCAUUGUAUCGCGCGUGAGAUGCUACGUAAAGGUCACUGGACCCAGCAUCACGUCCACUACUCUGGCUAUACCUGGUCGCAACUUAGGCCCGUGGUUCAGCUGCUGCUUGAGUGCUGCGAGGAUCCCAGGAAGCACCAUCAGGCUGUGUUCAACAAAUACUGCGAUAAGCGUUACAAGCGCGCCGCAGCCUUUGUUGAGACAGAACUACAACGUGGUUUCGUCUUGCCGGAUGCCAUGGCCACCAAGCCAUUCCUUCAGAACCCAUAUCAAGUUUACCAGUACGCAAUACAGAACAACUACGCAUGA